AAUGGACGUUCUUGUUUUGCGUAGAGCCGAUCAAGUACAUCGAUAACCCUGUAUCAACCUUUCAGGGGUUCCGUACUGUUGUAGACAUGCCCAAUAGACCUAAAAAGGAGAAGACAGCAACGAAGACGACUGGCAGUGCAAAAGCUACUGGCAAAGAAACCUCAGACAAUGGGGACAAUGAGGCAAAGAAAAAGGCCCAACAGCCAAAUACUGCAGAAACUCAUCCACCACCUACAGCAAUAUCAAAAAUGAAGUACCCAGGACCCCCUCACAUAAAGAGGGACAAGAGACAGAACUCAUCACGUUUCAAUGUCUCUAAGAACAGGGAGCUUCAAAAACUGCCAUUGCUCAAAGAUGCCACGCCUGCAGAGAGAGAGGAACUAUUCAUUCAGAAGAUCCGACAGUGUUGUGUGCUCUUUGACUUUGUGCAAGAUCCUCUCAGUGAUUUGAAGUGGAAGGAAGUGAAGAGGGCGGCCCUCAAUGAGAUGGUGGAGUAUGUUACCCAGAACAGAGGAGUUAUUACUGAAGCCAUUUACCCAGAAGUCAUCCACAUGUUUUCAGGUAACCUGUUCAGAACAUUACCCCCCUCGUCCAAUCCCAGUGGUGCGGAGUUUGACCCAGAGGAAGAUGAACCCACGCUAGAGGCUGCAUGGCCACACUUACAGCUGGUGUAUGAGUUUUUCCUGAGGUUCCUCGAGUCACCAGACUUUCAGCCCAACACAGCCAAACGGUAUAUAGACCAGAAGUUUGUGUUACAGCUUCUGGAUUUAUUUGACAGUGAAGACCCCCGUGAGAGAGAUUUCCUCAAAACCAUAUUGCACAGGAUAUAUGGCAAAUUUUUGGGGCUGAGGGCGUACAUUAGGAAACAUAUAAACAACAUUUUUUACAGUUUUGUUUAUGAAACAGAGAGACAUAAUGGCAUUGCAGAACUUUUAGAAAUUCUAGGAAGUAUAAUCAAUGGAUUUGCAUUACCCUUGAAGGAGGAGCACAAGACUUUCUUGUUGAAAGUGUUGCUGCCGCUGCAUAAGGUCAAAUCUCUCAGUGUGUACCACCCUCAGCUGGCCUAUUGUGUGGUGCAGUUCUUGGAGAAGGACCCCAGUCUCACAGAGCAGGUGAUAAUGGGCUUGUUAAAGUUCUGGCCAAAAGUUCACAGUCCAAAAGAGGUGAUGUUUCUCAAUGAACUGGAGGAGAUCUUAGAUGUGAUAGAACCGGCUGAGUUCACCAAGGUCAUGGAGCCCUUGUUCAAGCAGCUGGCCAAGUGUGUCUCAAGUCCUCAUUUCCAGGUAGCAGAGCGAGCCUUAUACUAUUGGAAUAACGAGUAUAUCCUCAGUCUAAUAUCGGAUAACGUAGGCACUGUCCUCCCUCUCAUGUUCCCCGCGCUCUAUAAGACCCAGCAGCACUGGAACAAAACUAUCCAUGGUUUGAUAUACAAUGCUCUGAAGUUGUUCAUGGAGAUGAAUCAAAAACUGUUUGAUGACUGCACCCAACAGUAUAAAGUUGAGCGUCAAAAGGAAAAGGAAAAGCAUAGACAGCGAGAUGAUGCUUGGAAUAAGAUAAACAAUCUAGCUCAGGAUAACCCACAGUACAAGAGCGUGAUGCGGUCCCCGGUGGGCUCAGGCAGCCCGGGCUCCAGCCUGUCCCCAGCCCCCAACAGCACAGAGGAGGACGGGGACCUCAUGGUUACCAUGGAGAAGCUGGAGGCUGAGGCCAAGGAUGCAAAGAAUUCUAUUAUCCAGAAGAAGAAGAAGGAGAAGCCCCUGCUGCGGCGCAAGUCGGAACUGCCUCACGACAUGUCCAUGAUCAAAGCUCUGGAGAGCCACAAGCGCAGUGACGAGUUCCUCAUCACGUCCUCGGAACAGAAUUGAUGACGGCCCCCGACAUCUGGCCAUGCAGCACGGAGAUUAGAGUGCUGCCCGUACACACAGAUGAUGCGCACUCUUUGAUUCGUGCGUGUUGGCAAGGGGGUGGGGAGGGUGGAGGGGACGGUCAGACAUGAGAUGGCUUGUGCCUGUGUACACAUGGAGGGUGCUCACAACUCACAGCUAGGCUUUGCUAUCAGCAAAAACGUGUCGGACCUCUUGGGGAGCAAUGGAGGAGUUUUUUUGGGGUUAUUUUAGUUGGUCAUUGCUUACUUGGUGAAGGAAUAGAAAUAGAUUCCAUCUCCACAUUUCUUGUCUUUUCUUCCUGAAGUUUCUGCUUUACUCAUGUAAACAUACAUCAUGAAAUAGAAUAGAAGUCUGGUAGAUUUAUGCAGCCAUUCUUUGAACAGGCCCUGUCAGUUAUGUAGCUGGUAUCUGCUAAGUGACCAUGAAAGUUUUAAGCUUCUCAAUUAAAAGAGUCUGAGAUGUCCUAUAGAGAGAUGCACACAUAUUGUGUCUGUGCUUGUCAAUGCCGGGGUUGGGAUCAAUGACAUUGAUGCAUUUUACCACCUGUUCUUGUUUCUAUUGAAUGUAGGAGCAGUUCAUGUACUUACGCUGAAGAUCCUUACUUUUUCUUUUCACUUCAGCCCUCUUUUAAUUUGAAGGUUAUUCCCUCAUAACAUCAUGUUAAAUCAAACAUUGUCCCACUUCGGCAUCAGGUGUAGGUGAGUGUUUGCAUUGUGCUAUGGGUUUGUUUUUCCCGAAAGAGUUCUGCUUCCAGUGGGUGCCGAAAUCAGUGUUAUUAAAGGCUUGAAAACGAACAGAGAGGGAGCAAGUCGGAUCAUGUACUGCAGUCCUCUGCCUGUUUGUUCACCUCAGGCUUUAUUUCCGGACUAGUGUUCAGUGGUAUCUGUGCAUUGUGAACCUCAGCAACUAAAGUGGGAGGCAUGUUUUUCACAACCGCUUGUCAUCAUAGGUAGGAGAAAAAUGAACAAACGUCGUUCAUUUGAUAAUGGAAGGUUUUGUUAGUUUAUGAGAUAGAUGGGAUUGGGAGUGGACGUCAAGCCAUUUGUUCGUUUUUCAAGGGGUGUUGGGUCCACAGUUUGUACAACUAGUUGUGGUAAAGAGAGUUAGAACUGUUCGUUUCUUUGAUAUUUGUCAAAAUGACAAAACUCACCAUAAUUUUUCUAGUAAAAGCAAAAGCUGUCAGAAUAUUGUCACCGAUGGCUUCAGCGAGUCGAUAAAUGAAAAAUAUGAAGAAAAGUGGUAAGAGAAACAUCUCUUUGAUCAACUUAACAGCGCUACUGACUACAAAGUUGUGAGAGAAAGGAAAUACGUAGAACAUACAUAUGUGUUCAGGAUUUCUUCCUAAGUAACAUUUUGAAAACUAAAUGUUUCUCAAUGGACAAAUUUCCUCAUUUUCUUCACCUUUCCACCACCCAAAUUUGGCCUUUCAAUUGUGGAGUGUAGCUUGAACAGACUGGCUUGUACCAAGCCUAACAUUCUACUCGAAAUUUAUAUUUACAGACUGAGCAUUAUACAUUGCCUUCUUGAAUUUUGGAUAAGAACAGAUUCUUUUUGGUGUCCCUAUGAGUUGUUAACUGCUUUGGGCCUUAAUCUCCUGCAGAAAUAGUUUGGCUUAGAAAUGUAUAUAUAUGCAGGGUGUGGGAAGCUUGAACUAAUUACUGAGAUUUUUAAAAAAAACUUUUUAACGAUGUGUGCAUUGGUGUCCUACACUUUUGGACAUUUUUCCUUUCUCUCUUUUUUUUUUAAAAACUUGAUUCAGUGGUAGGGGCUAGCUCACAAUAUGUACAUGCAUUCUUGAGUGAUUUUUAUUAAUAAAAAUUUUAUAUGAUGUACAUAGAGCUUAUUGAAUAUGGUGAAAUUUUACCGUGAUAUAGUCCUUCGAUUGUUCUGUCAUUGUACAGGCAUGUUCUCAAUGCAUUUUCCUCCUCUUGUUUUGUUUUUCUUGCAAUGGGCUCUUGAGAGGAAGGGAGGUACCACACAAAGGGUAUUCAUGUAUCAUUUGUUGUAAAUCGCUCUUUCUCCAACUCAGACGAUUUAUGAAAGACGUCCAAUAUUACCUUUUUAUGCUGGUUUUUUGUAAAAAAAACAAACUGUUAAUACCACCCAUUUUGUUGCUUUUUUAAAGUCAUCUGGAAAAAAAAAAAUCUUCAGCAUAGUAUCAGUUGUUAAAUAUUCUGUACCGUACUUUACGUGGCAUUGUCUAUCGCAAAAUGUUAUUUGGAGAGUUGUGUGUUUCAUGUAACCAGUCCUGCCUAGUCUCUGUGUGUUGUAUACUCUUGUGUAACACUAAGUAAAUGAUGAAUACUCUAUGAUGACUUUUGUGACUUUGUCUUCUGAGGAGAGCACAUGGAGGUGUGCUAAGGGGGGAAUGAGUGUCGGUCGACCUUGAGCAUGAUAGUGACCAAUUGAUGGUGGUGGUGGGCAGGUUGUUGGGUUGUUUUUUUUUUUAAAGGCAUAAUCUCGCAUGUCAUUUCCCUGGGGGGGUUCUCCAUUGUGUCCCCCAGGUAUCGCUGUGUUGUUCAAAUUUGCUCAUGCAAUCCACCCUUGUUUCAUGUGUUGACUCGUGUUUCCCGAGUGGAUGGGAUAGCAGGGGCGGUUCACUGGGACAGUUGUAUCUGCUACUGAAUGCUUUGUCAUUGUGUUGUUUAGAUUUACUUUUUUGUUUAUGUUUCUUGUAGUCUGCAAUGAAGCCUACACCAUCAUCUCCUCUUAAGCUCAGCCUCAUUUUUUAAUAUUUAGCCGUUGACAUAUGAGCAGACCAAGUUCCUGUGAACAGACAUAGAGUUGAAAUGUUUUUCAUGUUUCAUUGCGCCCCCUUCUCAGGCAUAACCACAGUAGUGGAAAUGUUAGGGCUUUUCAGUAUUUUAACAAUUACAAUACACAUAUAUAUGUAUAGAUAUAGAUAUUAUGACCUAAUAUGGCCUUCCGCAUUACAUUCUAUGAGUGAGUCCAUCAGAAACAAAAGUGACCGUCCUGCCGUGAUCUCUAGGCCUGGAUGUGUGAAGUGUUAUAGUGUGCUGGGACAUGCAUCCGCCUCCCGGUGUCAUCAACUCAUGAGGCCAGUUUGUUAAUCAGUAUGCUACUUUCUGUUUUAUUCUUCUGUGUAGCUCCAUGCGAAACUUCACUAUCUGCGAAAACAACUGUUUGACUGGGCGUUUGGAAGGUGCCACAGGUAGCUUGUUCUGAAGUCCUGACUCCCUCUGUUGUCUUGGAUUCAUACACCCCCCCCCCCCCUGAGUUUUGUAGAAAAGACUAGUGUUUUCGCCUGAGAAAAACUGAUGUGGCCUUUUUAGCAUUUAGCGUUUUCUUUUUCUUUUGAUCUACUCUCCUGAAUGAAGUACCGUGGCUGGUCUUGAGUGAUUGUGUGGUGUAUUGUUGGAAUAUCUAGGACUUUUUUGAAAAAUGAAUUCUGAUCAAAUGAUUCUCAGAUGUGCAUGAUGGCUUUUUUUGUGUGUGUGUCCCCUUACCAGUACCAAAAAGAAAAGGUAGGGAACUGACCAGAUGAUUUGUAUGGCUAAAGCGAAUGUCUUUUUUUUCUUUCUGUGUUCCCUUGACAUUGUCUUCAGCAGCAUCCACUGUAAAGAUAUUCACUGUUCCCACAUCCUUGACCCAGGGGAUGGAACUGAAGUCAUAAUAUAGUUGUGUAAGCCUGAAGGAAAAGAUGUCACUUGUCGUCUUUCUUCAUGUCCUGUCUGCUCUAAAUGGAGUUUGUAUGGAGGCUAUUUAUAUUUUUUACCGGGUAUGUUGGCUGGACCAGUGGGAUGUGUGUCUUUUCUUUGCAGCAUUCAUGUCUUGGUAUUCCUGGUUUUUUUUAAAAAAGGGUAUGUAUGCUUAUGGCUCGGAACUGAAGUGUUUUUAGCCUAUGAAUAUGUACAUUAGUACGCUAAGCUUUUGAAUUAUUUUGAAUGGCAGUGGAGAGCGAGUACGUUCUAAGCAAAACGAAAUAGGAAAUAUUUAGAGAACCUUAUUUCUAGUGUAGCCGUGUACUGGAGCUGUAUCAUGUUACAUAUACUGUGUGUUCUGUGAUAAUCAUUUGUGUCUGUCUGUAUGUGUUUGUCUUUGUGUGUGUGUGUGUGUAUGUAUGUGUGUGUCCGAAUGUGGCUACACCUGUACCAAGUACAGGUUCUAUGUCUGCAGUGUUUGCCUGACUGCUCGUUUUACCACGUCAUAGACCAGGUGAUACUGCGUUGGGAGCAAAGAGUUUAUCAUACCGUGGACAAUUUUGCAUCUGCUUCAUCCUCCAUCAUUCUCUCUGCCCCCCUUCCCCCAAGCUGUUUUCAUCAUGAUGCACUAGUUGAGUUUGUGUUGCAUGUUAUGGCUACUCACAUUUUGACGUCAGCUAGAGGCACUUGGUUUUUCCCUACCCCACCCACCUCCCCCAGCACGAUGACAACACAAUGUUCCAUUAUGAUACACACUGUUAUUAACAUUCCAGUUUCGUACCUGUAGAGCCUUUGCCAGACUUAUUGUUUUCUUUUUGUCAAAUUUAUUGUUCAAUGGUAAUUUUACUCUCAUCAUAGGGAUGCAGUAAUUAGACAUACGUUGAUUUUCAUUCAGAGCAUUUAUCUUGAGUAUGGAUGUAUCGUGUAAUAACUUGUUGGCAUGCAGGUCCCCCCGCCCCCCAAACCACAAUGUCUGCUAUAGUUUCUUGUGAUUGCCGUGGCAAAAGUUCCACCUAGAUGUGUCAGCUCACAGACUUCUCUUCAAAUUCUGUUACCGUUAGUGUGUUCCGAUAUGUGGUUAAUGGGUAUUUUGGAUAAAAUAUUUAUAAAGAGUAUUUCUCUCUCUCUCUCUCUCUCUCUCUCUCUCUCUCUCUCUCGACUGCACUCUGCACUUUCUUCUUGUAAGGACCAAUUAUGUCUCAUUCCUGUUCUGAACAAAGCCGGGGGAAAAAAGGGACCUUUGCGUCAAGAUCAGGUGCACUGGUCAAUUUUUUUUGGGUACUGGUAUGGAAUUUAUAAUGUGUAUUUUUUUCAGACCGAGUUGCUGUUGAUGUAAGAAUUAUUUAGACUUUUUCUCCACCCCUGUCAAUGCGUUGCCCAAACCACACAGUACUGUGGGGUAGGAGGGUCUUCCGGUCAAACUAACCAAGAGCAUGUAGUAGUUUCCAUUUUUUGUUUUGUUUAGCUCUUAUAUAUUUAUUUGUUUUUUUUUUGUUUUUUUAAAGUCAUGAUAUAAUGAUUAAGUAACUCCAUUGUUGUGCACUCUUUCUUUUCCUUAUUUUCAUUAUUGUAAUAACUAUGGUACUCAUGAAAGUGUCUAGCCAAGAAUUUGUGACUCAUUUUGCUCUUAUAUUCAUAUGAGGCAGUAUGUGUUUGUAGGUGUACGUGAGUGGGUGUAUGCAUGUCUGUAUGUUUGUAGACUUGUUUGUAUAUGAACAUCUCUCCAUUUCAAAGUAAGACAAAUAAUAUUGAAUAAAAACAAUUGUUUUUAAUCAAACGAU